AACGUAUGUUCAUCACAGGAAUAACAGUCAGUCUGUCGUUGCAUAGUUAGCUGCUAACAUUAGCUUCCACUAUCAACCCAUUAAAGCAGGCCGGAGCUGACAUUCAACCGGGAAACGCAGGCUGCGUCUCAACGAACAGCCCAACCAAGACUCCACACCGGUUGGGGGCGGUAAUGCACCAAUUGAGUGAUAAUGAAGAGCAGCAGCAGAAGAAGAAGAAGGAGUAGAAAAAUACGAAGCAGAAGAAGAGGAAGAAGUGCCAAGAAGGGCUAGCUGCUGCUAAUUUAGCAUCGGCACAUUGUUGGUUUUCCUUAGCAACAUGUGCGUAAGCUUUACUGCUGGAAGGGCAUGCUUUGUACAGAGAUAAAUAGCAGUUGAUGAGCUCAGUGGAUUUUGUGUGCCCUUGACUAUGGAUGACUUGGAUAGAGAGCUUGGUCCUCAUGGACCUGUCGAAGAUUACAAUGAUUUUUCAGAUGACAACGUUUCAAAAGGAGGGACGAAUUUAAAGCGCCCCAAUGUUAAUCCUGCCAUGUGUAAAGAGACGCCACGUGAAACUGGGUUUCACCGGAGUACCAGAAUCUGUCUGGAGCAGAUCAGAGAAGCCGUACUGCAUCAUAAAUGGCAGGAGGCAGCAGAAUAUAUGGCAUGCUACCCCCAAUUAUUAGAGGACACAUGUCUUCCUCCAGCACAGCAGAAUAAAGAGCUUCUUUGGAGAAUCUCCACUAAUAUCCUUCAUCAUCAUCCGAACUCAACAAUGGAAGAUUACAACAACAUCUAUGAACGAAUGAAACAUUCUGGAGUCAGACAUCAUUUAAUGAUUUGUCUGGAACAUUCUUUCCACCUGCUGCUACACGGUCAGAAUGAAGAUGCGAAGUGGCAGCUGUCUUCAGCUGAGAGCUGGAGACAUGGGAAGGAGUCAGCAGCUCAGCAUCAGAGGGCAGAACUGAUAAGCGCAUACAGGAGCUUGCUGGAUUAUGUCAUCUGGUGUGACAAAAGGUUUUCAAACUCCGACAAUUAUUUUGACUCCGACAACCAAGGCAUGCAUGACCACUUCAGACAGGCUUCGCUGAAUCUAAAGGAGAUUUUGAAAAAACCUGGUGUCUGGGAUCCCUUCAUACUGAGUUACGUUGAUAUGCUGGAGCUCUACGAUGACCAUGAGGAGGCUCUUAAAGUCCUAAAUGACUAUGCCUAUAACAACAAUUUCCCACCCAAUCCCAAUGCACACGUCUAUCUGUACCAAUACUUAAAGCGGCAUGAUGCUUCAGAGAAGAACUUGAUGAGAGUGUUAAAGAUUCUCCAUGUGUUGGUCCCAAGCCAUGAGUUAAUGUUGGACUACAGCACUCUCCUGCUUAACUCGGAGAACAAAACAGACAUCCAGAAAGCUUUAGGCAUCAUUCUGGACAUGCUGGACUUCACCUGCUGGAGGACCAAUAUGGACGUUUGGAAGUGUUUAAAGACUGUUAUUCAGAGACUGGAAAUACAAGAGGACUGGGAGAAUGUUGUCUGUGAAAAGAUGGCUCUGAGAGAAGACUGGUGGCCUGCGCUGCACUUCACAAGCUUCCAUGCCAGCAAAGAUCUUGAAGAGAACCCUGAGCUUUGGAAAGUGAAGGCAUCACUUGCAAAAGUUCUUUGUCCAAAACAAGCACUUAAGUACACUGCUGAUCGUGUAACUAAUGGAAAGAGGACUUGAGAGGAAAAACCCCAAAUUGUCUUUUCAAAUGAUGAAAAAAGAAGCUGGCAUGCCAUCGGGAAGCAAAUGAAAACCCAGACAAGGAUGUUGAUGAGGAGUCUUCAUAAAUACACUUUUUACAUCAAGUGUAUGCCAGCAAGAGUUUUCUUUUUUUUUUUAAUAUUCUGAACCCAAUGUUGAUUUGCACAUCAUGUGUUCUCAAACUCCUAAAUCUAGUCCCUUCAGCGUGUGCUAUCCACAAUGUGGAGCUCUUGCUUUGUGUUUCUGUAGUGGAUGUCUGGAGGAUAUUACCACUGAUGAAAUGGAAACCAAGUCCAAAUCAUGGGCCAGAGUCUCAGACUUGACCAUGUUCAAAAGUCUGAAAAGCUUCUCUGAAUACCUUCAAAAAUCACGAGGAGAAGUCAGCAUUCAGAGGCAGCAGGAUUUGUUGUUUACUGAAAAUCCAGGAGUAGUUCUUAGAAGUGAUAACACCACAAGAAUUACUGAAGAUGCUGAGCUGUGCAGCAUUUUUUACGCUGAGAGUUGGUCAUUUUUCCAUACCGAUAUGUUGUGUUGUUGAGUGGCACGUUUUACCCCCGUUAUUUCAUGCAUAUUAAACCUUUAUGUAUUGUUACGUUUCUGAUGCACCUCUGUUAAGUUUUCACCAUUUUAGUUUGAGUAGUCCAUAUGUCAUUUUCUAAAUAGCACAUGAUUUGUCUUUACACCAAAAAUUACAUUUCACUUUUUUUUUGUGGUCAGUUUGUAUAUGUGGUAACAUUCAAUGUGUCUUCCAGUCGAGGCCAUUGAUUCAUUGUCUAUAAAAGAGAUGUUGUUGUCCUUAAGAAUGUUUCUGAUAGCAUGACGUGAUCCUGAACUUCAAACGCUGGGCCUUUUCUCGAGUCCUUUGCACCAACCAUUAAAUACAAUCUUACACCCAGCAGCAUGCCAGUUUAAUAAGUGAAAGCAUUUGUAAUGAUUCUGUUUCAGCUUGCCACAGUGUUGGCCAUGCAGCAACUCGGUCAGCUGUACUGUAUAUGUGUGUGUGUUGCUUUGCAUCGUUACAUAAACCAAAGCCCAAAGCACUUGCCCGACCACAGUAGCAGCUGCAGAAGGGAUCUUGGAAUAUGUAAUGCAUGUCGUUCGAGAAUUCAAAACUCGGGGAGCGAUGAGGAAGACUGGGAUCAGGGACUGGUCACUGCUUUGGGUUUUGGGUUUUGUCCUUGUGUUGAGCGUGUUCGUUUUUUGAGACAGAAGACAAACCACUUCUCUACAAUUAAGCUGUUUAUUUUCUAAAUAUCAGUGUCCCAAAAGAAUCUUGUACAAACUUCUGUUUGGAACAGCCUCCCAGCAAAGGAUAAAAUCAAAUAUGAACACAACAUUUUAUUCAGUCUAGUAUUGUGUGAUGGGUCAUAGAUAUAAACAUCUAAUUCAAAUAUUGAAAUGUGAUUGGCUAGAGGUGGAGAUAAACUGUAGUUUAGACUUAGUUCUCCCAUUAGUUCUUGCACAGGUAUGUCCAUAUGUCUUGGCACAUUAUUCAUCCAAUCCCCAGGAUCUGCACCCUAUUAAAAAAAACCCUCCUGCAAACUUCUUCCAGCUUUCUACCAGUUGGUAUUAUUCCAUUGUUAGCUGAGAUGUGAUGCAGCCAUUACUGUUCUCUCAUAAGGAGGAUGCAGGUGUUCCUUUGGGAGGAUUAUUAUGGUUUUCUCCCUCAAACAACCUUGAGUUACCAGUUUCAGUAAAAAUUAGUUGUUACGUCAUAAGAAAAUAGGAAUGUGCUGUGUAUCAAGGCCAAAGCUCCAUCUUUGUUGGUGUGCGCAUGUUAAGAAGAAAAAGCAUUUUUUUGUUAGCGGCUGUAACUUUCCAGCCUGACCCGUCUGUGUCCAUCAGAGCUUGGAGUUUGUGCUUAGCUCCAUCUCUUCCCUUUUAAAGGUCAAGCACAACUCAUGGAUUCAUUGCACAUUAAAUGGUUGUUCUUGUCAAUAUUAUAACACUCAAAUGCAAUAUCAAUUUCAGUGUUCAGUUUUUAGUACCUUCGUGAGAUAAAAAUCCUUACAAAUUGCUUAGUUCAGUUACUAGUGCCUUUGUGCGAUGAAAAAUCCUAACACUUGUAUUUGUACCUGCUACCUGUGACCUUUUUUGAAGGUCACCAGUACGUCACAUCGCCAUCACAGAGACACAAACAACCAUGCAACUCUAGGAGGCCUUUAAAACCCCGUCAAGCCCAGGGAAAAACUGGAUGACGUCCUUAGCCUAACCCCACUGUGAACUGAUCAGCUUUAUUGUUUAAUUAAUCAUGUCCCCAGGUUGCAGGCUAAAUCUAUUUGCUACAAAGACAAAAGCACAGAAAUUCCGUAGGGAGAGGUGUUUUAUGAUUGAGGUAGGAAGGUCUUGGAGGUUGCUUUGUUGCUCCAUAGCAAAUUGAAGCCUUUUUUUUUUCUGACGAGCCUCACUGAUCAGUGGUUUUCUUAGAGCUGCACAGCUGUUUAGUCCCAAUCUUUUGAGUUCCCUUUGCAUUGUGAGUGUGGAACUGCUCUUACUUUCACUAUUAAACAUAGCUGUGAGUUCUACUGUUGA